CUCUCCCGCUGGCGCUGGGCUCCUGCGCCUUGGCUUCGCAUUUGAAUCUGGCUCGCCCCUCCGUAUUAUGUCUGCACUCCGAAGGAAAUUUGGGGACGAUUACCAGGUAGUGACCACCUCCUCGAGCGGCUCGGGCUUGCAGCCCCAGGGGCCAGGGCAGGGCCCGCAGCAGCAGCAGCUGGUGCCCAAAAAGAAGCGGCAGCGCUUUGUGGACAAGAACGGCCGGUGCAAUGUGCAGCACGGCAACCUGGGCAGCGAGACUAGCCGCUACCUCUCGGACCUCUUCACCACCCUGGUGGACCUCAAGUGGCGCUGGAACCUCUUCAUCUUCAUCCUCACCUACACCGUGGCCUGGCUCUUCAUGGCGUCCAUGUGGUGGGUGAUCGCCUACACCCGGGGCGACCUGAACAAAGCCCACGUCGGCAACUACACGCCCUGCGUGGCUAAUGUCUACAACUUCCCCUCGGCCUUCCUCUUCUUCAUCGAGACCGAGGCCACCAUCGGCUACGGCUAUCGCUACAUCACUGACAAGUGCCCCGAGGGCAUCAUCCUCUUCCUCUUCCAGUCCAUCUUGGGCUCCAUCGUGGACGCCUUCCUCAUCGGCUGCAUGUUCAUCAAGAUGUCCCAGCCCAAGAAGCGCGCCGAGACGCUCAUGUUCAGCGAGCACGCGGUCAUCUCCAUGAGGGACGGCAAACUCACGCUCAUGUUCAGGGUGGGCAACCUGCGCAACAGCCACAUGGUCUCCGCGCAAAUCCGCUGCAAGCUGCUCAAAUCUCGGCAGACACCUGAGGGUGAGUUCCUGCCCCUUGACCAACUUGAACUGGAUGUAGGUUUUAGUACAGGGGCAGAUCAACUUUUUCUUGUUUCCCCCCUCACGAUUUGCCACGUGAUUGAUGCCAAAAGCCCCUUUUAUGACUUGUCCCAGCGAAGCAUGCAAAGUGAACAAUUCGAGAUUGUCGUCAUCCUAGAAGGCAUUGUGGAAACAACUGGGAUGACUUGUCAAGCACGCACAUCCUACACUGAAGAUGAAGUUCUUUGGGGUCAUCGCUUUUUUCCUGUAAUUUCUUUAGAAGAAGGAUUCUUUAAAGUCGAUUACUCCCAAUUCCAUGCUACAUUUGAAGUUCCCACUCCCCCUUACAGUGUGAAAGAACAGGAAGAAAUGCUCCUCAUGUCAUCGCCUUUAAUCGCACCAGCCAUAACUAAUAGCAAAGAGAGGCAUAACUCCGUGGAAUGCUUAGAUGGGCUAGAUGACAUCACCACGAAGCUUCCGUCUAAGUUGCAGAAAAUGACUGGAAGAGAAGACUUUCCAAAAAAACUCUUGAGAAUGAGCUCUACAACUUCAGAAAAAGCCUACAGCUUGGGGGAUUUGCCUAUGAAACUUCAACGAAUAAGUUCAGUGCCAGGCAACUCCGAAGAAAAACUGGUGUCUAAGACAACCAAGAUGUUGUCUGAUCCUAUGAGCCAGUCUAUGGCUGAUUUGCCACCGAAGCUUCAGAAGAUGGCUGGAGGGGCUGCCAGGAUGGAAGGGAAUCUUCCAGCCAAACUAAGGAAAAUGAACUCGGAUCGAUUCACAUAACAAAACACCUUCUUAGGCAUUAUUUAAGGUUUGAUUUCGUAACAGUCCGAUAUUUGGCUGAAGGAGUAAUCCUCCCUAAGGAAUAUGAAGGUACACUCCCCUCCCCCACUUCUCUGCAUAUUUAAGAACCUUUCCUUCCCAGCGUGGCUACUGGACAAGGAGCAAAAGUUACAGAGGGAGGAUAUGCUGAGGGAGCUCUUACUAACGGGCAUGUAUUAGCACAUCAAGCAUGCAAUAAUGUGCAGAUUUUGCAUUUAGUUUUAUGGCAUGAUUUAUAUAUGGCAUAUUUAUAUUGUGUAUUCUGAAAACAUACAUAUAUAUAUAUAUUCUCCCCAGCAUUUCUAACUUAUAUAUUAAGCCAAACAUGACUGGUUAGCUUUCAGGGCGAUAUAACUUUAUAUAUACUUAUAUAUGUAUAUAUACAUGUAUAUAUACAUAUAUACACACACACAAAUUGAUUGUGAUGUUUUGUUCAAAAUUGUAGUAUUGUGCAUGUUUAUUAGAGUACAAGGCUUCUGGCAUUAAUCAAAUAUUAAUACCAAAUAUCUCAGCCUUAAAUUAUUUGUCAUUUUAGAAUCUAAUUUACUGUUUUCUGCUGUUUAAGUCACAAAAGGUUUUAAAUUGUAUUUUAUAUGAAGGAGUCUCACAAGUUUGUACUAUUUAUGACCCUGCAAAAUAUACAUAACCACUAUAUAUUUAACAUGUAAAUUUUAGAAAUAACCAGUACACAGUAUACCAACAAAAAUUUCUUAUAAUUUGCAAGUACUAGGGAAAAAUUAAAAAUUGAUUAAUUUGAGAAUUGGUCAUUUUCUGGGUUAAUUAACACCUGUUCUAGAUACAAGCGAACAUGACUGUGAGUUCUGAACAAGUACUGAAUCAUGAUCAUAGUAGCUGAUAUGUCUUGAAAACAACAGAAUCCGUGUGAAGUUAUGCAACUUAGAGUCUUUGUUUCCAACUGAGCUAUUUAAAAAUAUGUUACCUUUUUUGUGGAUUUCUUGUCAUUUUAAAAACCAAUAUGUUAGCCCUAAGGAGUUGUGAGAAUACGAUGAAAACAGGUGAUAAAUAUGUAUGCUUAACAGAUGUACGUCUAAAUAAGCUUCUUUAUGUACACUGCUCUCUGACUGAUGGCAUUUGUUGUAGAGACGUUGAUGUGUUUCCUCGCCUAGAGAACCUAUUCCAUGCCAGCCACUGAAAGCUAGAAAGAAUGUAUUGUUCAGCAAUGGGAGAGUUUAAUAUUAGGUGCAUUGAAUAUACCUUGCACAUUAUUUUUUUGAUACUCACCAAUUUUAUUGAUGUCUUGGAUUCCUGUUUUACCCAAAUAAUUUUAAUGUUUGUUUUUUUGGAUUUGUUUUGUUUUUCUGUGUUUUUGUGUCUGAUAAUUGAGGUUAAUUAGCAGAAAUCAUAAUUACUUUUCAGUAGAACACCUAUAAAAUAGAAUGCCAAAUUUUUAUUAACAUUCAGAAGAGCUCUCAGAACAUCAUGAGUUUUUCUAUGAAACAUCUUUGGUCAUAGCAAUACAACGUCUGCCCAGAAUUAAUGAACUUCCUCUCGUCGAUGUAAAAAUCCUGAAUGGUUAGGGCUUCCAUCAUGUCCCCUUUUAUAGAAAUCCUGUGAUGAUUUUCUUAUUGGCAAAUUACUACAUCAAAAAUUGUGUCAUUGACUAGCAUCAUACUUUCUGGCUACCUCUGUAUCAAACAAAUUCUGUAGGUGCAAACAUACAACAGGGCAUUGUUACUGGGGAGAUGGUCAACCUUGAGACUCCACCCACUGUGAACAGAGCAAGUUGCCCUAUUCCUUUACUCUCCCAAACUUUCUUAUUUUCUGGAUGGAGGAAAUAAAAUACUGGCAGGGUGAGAAGAGGGUUCCUUGGGCAUAUGUUUGCAGUGGAGGAAAUCAUGAAGAUCCUUCAGUAUAAACUGUUUUUUAGUCCAAAUUUAAAUAGAGCCAUAUUUUACUUGGAAGGGUGAGAUUAAAAAUUGCCUUUGGUACCAAGGAAGAGCUAGCAUCAUAAGCAAACUCUCCAAAUGUAUUCAUCCAUGAAACAAAACUAUUGUGUACUUUUUAUGUCUCGGUAUUUACUUCCUGGGGAUUUAGACAUGAUUAAAAAGGAGAAGCUCACUGCUUACCACGACAACUGCAAUCCAGUAGGGGAGGAGGGAAAGGCCAUUGAGGAGAAGGACAAUAUAAAAAAAAAAAAAAUUUCCAA